UUGGGAUUUAUGUUUUCUCGUAUUUCUUUUUUAAUGUAACGGGAGUAAUUUCUGAGCUAACUUGAAUUGUUUCCAUCCCUGCUAGGUCUACUAUAUUUUGUUCAUUUGUUCAAAAUUUUGUGCUAAGUAAUUUGAAACCUCUCUGAAUUUGCCUGACUAUUUCUUGCCCAAUUUCCAUUUUCUAAUCUAAUUGAAGGGGUGGUUGAGUGACUGGUCAUUUAUUGGAAAAAAUUUCAUCUUUAUUUAUAAUCUAGAUUUAAAAAACUCGUAAAAAAUUGGAUUUCGGAGCAUCAUCUUAUUUUCUGUAUAUACAUGGAUUGUUUAUUCAUAAAUCGUAAAAUAUAUUUAAAAAAAUCAUCAGAAAGUAAGAGAACUAUAAUUUUUUAGGAAAGCAAAGCUUGACUGUGUGGAUGAAAUUCCGAACACGGCACUUGAAAGUGAAGUUCGUCCUUCAACGAGUGCGUAAGUGAACCAUUUUCUCAUCAUCUAGUAAUAAUUUGCAAUAACAAAAUUGCGUUUUUUAGACAUGGCCAAGCAGAUUCUGGAAUUCGAACAGAGGGCGUUUCUAAAGAGUUUCAGAUUCUUGAAAAAUCAGGGCAAAUGGAAACUUUGUCACCUUCCAAAAUUUGUGGAAGAAGAAUUGUAGACGUCUGUCAUUUUUCCAAAGCUCUGCUAAGUUUUCCACACUGUGGUCUAUUUUCUUGUGAUGGUACCACAGUAGAGUUGUUGAAAGAAACUAGGAAGGGGUUGGAAUCGACUUUUCUAUUCCAGUGUAACACCUGUAAGUCAACUGUGGAAGUUUCCACUGAUGAUCCAUAUUCGAAACAGACUCCAGUCAAUACUGCUGCUGUAACUGGAGUGAUAUCGAUUGGAUUGGGAUAUGCCAAUUUAAAAGAAUGGUGUUCUACCCUAAAUAUGCCAGUGAUGUCAGAAACCAUCUACAAGAAAAUAGAAGGAAAGCUGAUGGACAAUUUCUAUACUACAGCCACGGAAUUGAUGCUAGCUGCUGGAAAAGAGGAAGAAAGUCUAGCACGAGAAUGGGGUGAAGUUGAUCCAGAAGAUGACAAAGCUGUAUUAGUGUAAUAGCUGAUGGUGCAUGGGCAAGAAGAUCUAAUAAAUCUAUAUUUUGGGCCAAUUCGGGUGUGGCUUCUAUCAUAGGAAAAAGAACUGGCAAACUAUUGUAUUUAGGCGUAAAAAACAAGUAUUGUUGUGUGUGCGUCAAAAAAUUCUAUCACUCCACACGUAUGUUACAAAAAUUAUAACGGUACUUCGACUGCAAUGGAAAGUGCAAUUGUUGUAGAAGGUUUUAAACAGAGCAUACAAAUGCACAACUUGAAAUAUAAAUAUUUUAUUGCUGAUGGCGACAGCAGCACGUACAAAAAAAUAUGUGAAGCCAAACCGUACGGCAAUAACUUUUUUAUUGAGAAAAUCGAGUGUAAAAACCAAGAAAGGUGGCUAUCAGUUAAGGUGUUUGGCGGCAGCAGUGUCAUAUAAUUCCCGUGGAAAUUAUUUAAAUAACAUAUUGCAAAAUAUAAGCAAAAAUGCAACUGGUUGUUACCAAAAUUUAUUUUCUCAAAGAAAAAUUAAAAAAUGAUUACAAGCAAAAAAAAACAAAAAAAAGUUUUAAAAACAAAGUAAUAAUAAACCUGAUAAAGACUGUGGUCUAAAUGCAGAAGAGUCAGUUCAGUUGUCGGAUGAAAAAUUCGAAGCAAAAAAACAGGAAUUUUUAAAAAAUCUGGUAAAAAAUAUCUUAGAAAGAACAGAGAUUUUUAAUAAUACCACUGCUCAAGGUCAUAGUGCUGCUUGGUAUGUAGAACGUCAACAACGGUUAACGUCCAGCAAUUUCGGAAAAAUAUGCAAAUUGCGAGAGAAAACAGACAGAACUAAAACUAUUGAAGCAAUAUUGAAUCCAACAUUUUGUGGAAAUAGAUUUACGGAAUAUGGAAUUGCGAACGAACCGAAAGCAAAAGAAAUGUUAGAAACAAUAAUUUUAAAUAUAAAUAUUGAACUAUCAGGACUUUUCAUACAUUAUGAAUAUCCCUUUCUUGCAGCUAGUCCUGAUGGCUUAAUAGGUGACUCAGGCGUAGUCGAAAUUAAAUGUCCAUAUAAAGCUAGAGAACUUACGCCUGAAGAAGCUAUUGAACAAAAAAAAACUUCAAUUUUGCCAAUUAAUUGACGGUCAAUUGCAUUUGAAAAGAACUGAUUCCUAUUACUACUAAGUACAAGGACAGUUAUUUAUUUCGAACAGAGAAUACUGUUCCUUUGCAGUAUGGACCCCAAAAGGAAUUUUAUACGAAAAGAUUUAUAAAGAUAUAGAACUGUG